AUGGUUAAAGCAAAUUUGAAGAUAUACCCUCUUUGUUUCCUCACGCCAAAGCAGUAUGAUGAGUUUGCCCAGGGACUAGAGAAACUUGAAGAGAUAACACACACAGAGAUCAAAUACGACUUUUAUGAAAGGUGUUUUGAUAUCACAUCGGAUAAUCAGAAACAAUGUUUGGAGGCUGAAACGAUGAUCAUCCAAAGCUUACUGCCUCAUUACAAUGAGCAGAUUGAUAAACACUACAUGCAUGGUACUUUUGAGGAUUUGGCAAUGAUUCAUGCAUCUACUCAGGAACCACCGCAUACCCCGAUACCCACUCUAUUACCACCACAAAUCAUUUUACCCGGCCAGCCAUUGGAUAUUCAAAACGCUGAUGAACAUCACCACACAGACGAUAACUAUGGUGAUAAAUACAACGAGGAGAACAGCAUCAAGGGAGCCGCUGAUGACUCUCGAUCCAACACAGAUCAUAGUACAGGUGCAUCCAUCGUUAUCGAGACAUUCAACAUUUCACCACAGAUCCGCAAUAUCGACGACUUUUUGAUUGGACCUUUGCAGCACAACAUGCAAAACGCUGUCUACUUACGAUUGAUCCCUAAAAUGACAGAUACGACAUGUACCUUAAAUGGACGUAGCAUCAAGAUUGAAGGGGCUAUAGACGAUGUCAAGGAGGCCUAUCAAAAGUUCACUGUCAUCCAAAAGACCUAUAUUGGGCUUUCUAAAAAGACCUUGGUAUCAUGUCUGCAUUUUCAUAGCAACAACGUCUUUCGAGUGUAUUUCUGCCAUUUGCCCGCCUACAAAUACCACAACUAUGUGCAACAUCAUUACGAAAAGUUUGAAAAGCCAGGCAAUUAUCACGUUAUAUUACCAGUGUUUCUCAAUGACGAUAGUAACGAGUUUGACCCACCAAAGGACCUGAUUAUGGACUACAUUGAACCGCAUCCCAGUAGAGAUUAUGAUGACAGUACAUACAAUCAGCCUGUGCAUCAGACAAACAGCAAUAUUAGUGCUCUGGAUCGGGCAAUGCGAUUGGUGCAGGACGCCAUGCAACAGCACAUAAACAACAGCAAUCCGCCAUCCAGCAGCCCAUCCGCUGUGGGUCCAAACGAGGAUGACCGCUUCCAACCUCCUCUGUGGGGCCUGGAUCGAGAUUUCAAUACAGCUUGCAACACCGGUAGUAGAGAGUACAUUUCUAAUGAUUGCCUUGCACAGGCGUUCACUCCGCCACCACCCGCCGCUACUAUAUCCAAAACAUUCAUGCCGAAAGACUUUCCUCUAUUCCAAACAGACUCGAGAAGAUCGUCUUUUUCAUCCACUUCUUCCUCACUCUCAUCACCAUCCAAGAAACCGAAUGACCACAAACCCUCGUUGAACAUUGGCAACUCACCUAAAAGACGGGUGUUGCGCAUUGUUCCGCAGAAAACAUCGCCCAGAUCACAUAGCCCUACCCCAUUCCCCCUUGUAUAUGAUCAAAUCAGCACGAUCAAAAACUACAAUUAUGGCAAUAUAAAAAAAACACUCGCAACUGGAUUAGAGAGUGUAAGGGGUUUUAAGGGAGAACUCAAGCUAUUUGCAAAAAUUGGAAAAGUAUUAUGGACUGUAGAAUCACCUGAAGUGAAUCGCAAAAUCUGGCAAUACGAUCAAAUCAUUGAUAUUGUUAUGCGAGAGCACGGCGCCAUGCCCAACUUCACAAACAUGACGACUAGUGAGGAAAGAAUUAUCAAUAUGCUUGCUUCUAAAAACAUCAUCAAGGAGGCUCAAUGCCGCAGCAAAACCGCCAUUUAUGAAUUUCAUUGCUCUGCUAGAAACUCGCCUAGCUUGCCCUAUAAGCCCAUUGUGCUUUAUAUGAACCAAGGUGUCAUUGACGUGCGCAAAGUCGUUUUAAGCGAAAAAACGGUUGCUGAGGUGGACUGGGUCUCGCUGGAUAGACGUUAUGAUUUCCAGAUGGUAUUAACAGCAAAACAUUUGGCGAGAUGUGAUGUCAAACCUUAUACCACCUUCAACAAGUGGGUCUCUGUCUGCCCCAUUACACGUCAAAUGACGUUUGAAAAUGUGCCUAAUUUCUUGCAAGUCGACCAUGUCCUAUUCAAACAAACUACUCGCUAUGCAUACACACUUCCGUUUAUUAUAGACAUCAUUCGCGUGGAAAAGGUGCCAUUGGUACCAGAGGGAGACAGCAAAAAGAUCAAGGCGUUCCCUGGUUCUGGAGAGGCCUGGUAUGACUUUGAAAUCCACAACACCUUUUACGAUGCCCCCUUCAAGUCAAAUUUGAAUCUAGAUAUUGGCUGCGAAGUGUCAUGGCAAGUCGAGGAUAUACUGCAAUCCAAUGAUCCAGCAAACGAUACCAUCACCAACUAUGUCAAGAAUCUGAUCACAUUCAUUGAAAGGAUUGAAAAUGCAUUAAACAAGAUGCCACAGUAA